CUUGAUUUUGAAUCCACGCGUCAAGCUUUCUGGAGGCGAUAGAAGUGCAGUUGCUGGUGAGACUGACUGCCUUUUGUGUGGCUUCAAUUAAAUGUCUUUCUCAGCGUGGGAUAUUUGCCAGAACUCUUUUUUUUUUUUUAAUAUAUCUAUAAAAGAAAUGGUUUUAUUUGGAUAUAUAUAGAAAAAGUCCCACCUGGCUUUUUGGAAGGAUUUCAGCUGGAAUGUAACAGAUCCCAUAUUCUUCUAUAAAAAGAAAGCAGGCCUGGUCCCACGGAGGCUUCUUUAUCCCCUUCCCAAAGUGCCUGCAGAGCAACUGGCGGAGUUAGCUGGGAGAAAUGAGGAGAUCAAAGCAGAGAGAGCCCUCUUUGAGGGAGAAGCCUUCAGACAUGUCUGUUCCAGAGAAAGAAAUGCUGGCUAAGGCUGAGAUUAGGAGACUGCAGAACAAGUUUCGGAUAGCAGCGGACAAGAUGAAAUCUUAUGGUGCAGAUGUGAGGAGGCAAAUGCAGGCUCAGGAAAAAGAAAUAGAGUCACUGACAGAGAAACGCAAAGACUUAUCAAUAACGCUGAGCCUGGUCGAGUCCCCGAGGAAUGUGAUGCUGGAUGAAAGAAACUGUGUGGAGCUCCAACACCUUUUUCAGAAGAAAUCUCGGUAUGAUUCUGUGAUUAGAGACAGAAAAGCCCUGUUAGCUGACCUGGACAAGCAGUUACUAGAGUUGGAAAGAAAGGUUGUGAAGCAAAACCAGAUAGCAACAAAGGUGAAGCAAGCGAACAGCAGCAAGCAACUGCAAAAGUGGAUUGACACACUGGAGUUGCGUCUAAAUAACGUCAUUGCCCAUUUCGAUACCAUCCUGACCAGAAAUAACGAGCUUCGAGAACAGAUUGAAUGCCUACGUAUCCAGAAAGCAGUUGUGGAUCACUUGUACCUGAAGCUCCAUAAGAAGCUGGAUCAGCAGAACAGAAGGAUGAACGCUGAUGUUGAGCAAGCUGCACAAGCCUACGAGCGAUGGACUGAGCCUCUGGCAAGGAUCUCAGCCAUGAAUGAAAUGCGCAACAAAGAAAUUCGCCAGUAUAAUAUUGAGAAGAAGGAGCGGAAUCGUGCCUUUGAGCAGGAGACCAGACUGAGGACCUUCAUGGUCACCAAAUCUACAGAUCGCUCUGAAUUGGAGGAACAGGCCAGAAAGAAAAAAGUCUUGAAGGCAGCUCAACGGGCCAAACGGAACCAAGAGGAGAGCGUUGAGAGCCAGGAGGUGGCUUACAAGCUUCUGCAGGAGCUGGCAGAAGAUGGGGACAUUGACCAGCUGCUGAAUAGCUUUGUUGAAAAGGAGAAGAAGAACUUCUCCUCCUUCAGGUUCGCCACUCAGCUGAACGUUCAUAUUGAGAUGAUACAGCGGAGAACCCAGGACCUCCAGAAGAGAAUCACGGCCCUCACGGUGGAGUGGGAGAACACAAAGAGCAGCACCCUUCUUGUGCUGCAGGAGCUGGAGAAAACACUAAUAGAAACCAUUGAGGAAACCAAACAGUAUGAAGAUGGAUGUAAAAAGAGCAGCAGAUACCUGGACCAGCUCAAAUCUGGCAUGAACAACCUGUUAGAAGUAAUCGACUAUGAUGACGCCAUGACAAGGAUGCAUCUCAAAGAAGACAGGCACACCAUGGAUGAGAACCUGAUGAAGUUUUUUGGUCUCACGGAGAGCAAGACCAAGGAGCUCCUGCUGCUGGAGUCUGUCAGGUCCAGCCCACCAACUGAUGGCUCAAAAGCAGCCCAGUACCCCACCAGCCCACUCCUGGGCAGCACAGAGCUGCUCCGCACCAUGGAUGGGACCCAGCUCUGCCGGACGCCCAUGGCCCUGGGUGACAUCACCAAAACCAUCAACACCGUGGAGGUGCCUCUGGACCAUGGCCAGCUUUCCCAGCUGAUUCUCCAGAACUGGAAGAUGGAGCAGAGCAACACCACUGUCGGAAGGAAACGGAGGAACAAUGUCAAGGCGUGAGAGCCUGGUGGGAACAAGUUAAAUAAACACUUUCAUUCUUGAGCUCCUCCUCUGCUUUUUCACGCUGGCUGUCAUUGCAGCUUCCUUCCCCUCUGGAAGGAGCCCAACACCUUCUGCAGGCUUCAAAAGCUCACUGGGUGAUAUUUUGGCGUGGCUUCGCCCACUGCUGACAACAGCCGUGGCCGGGGGUGGGAACAGCUGCUCUCCGGUGGGAUGCCAUCCCCAUUGCAUGACCCAACGGGCUUCCCACAGCCAGGCAUUGAGCCACUGAUAGGGAGAAGGUGGGGACCACAGUCCUAGUCCUGCACCGGGCUUUCACCAGGUGGCCUGAGGAUGCAAGGGUGGGAUGAAUACACUUGUUGAGUGUUCCUUGCUAAGCUGGGAGAAGCAGACAGCUCUCUGUUGCCUGAAGUAAAG